GUUUCAAUAAAUAGUCUGUCUACCUUUUGCUGUCUGCUUCCUCCCAGCUCAGCUCCUAUAACUGCUGUCAGUGGGCAAGAGAUACGGAUAGUUUAUUUUAUCCAUUAUUUCACCACCUGCGAGUCCAUACAUUAGCGACUUCAACUGACCAGGGAUAUGGAAGAAGCCCUCAACAGCACUAUACAUCCGACCUGUUUACAAGAACCCCCACUGGCUAUCGAUAUCAUAAAGCAGCUGGAUGUCUUUGGGGUGGCUCUGUACUCCAUGCUGACCCUCAUGUCUACGCUGUCCCUGCUACUAUACCUGGAGGAGUGUGUGUUUAUCUAUAGAAAAGUCCCRUCUCCCAAGAAGACAACUAUUAUGUGGGUAAAUGGAGCUGCACCGGUCAUUGCUACCAUGGCUUGUUUUGGGAUGUGGAUCCCAAGGGCAACCAUGUUUACAGAUAUGACCUCUAAUUCGUACUUUGCAGUGGUGGUGUAUAAGGUCUUAAUUAUGCUGAUAGAGGAGAGUGGGGGUAGCGAGACCUUUCUGAAGCGCAAUUACAAGAAAACCUUCAAGAUCAGUACAGGACCGUGCUGCUGCUGCUGUCCUUGCCUGCCCCGCAUUCCRGUCACACGGCGUAUGUUAUUCCUGCUGAAGCUGGGGGCUCUUCAGUAUGCUAUAUUAAAGACACUUCUCUCAAUCCUCUCCAUAAUAUUGUGGACCAACGGCAACUUUGAUAUUUCUGAUAGUGAGAUCACAAACACGGCGAGUUGGAUCAACCCAUUUAUAGGGGUUCUCACCAUCAUCUCCCUUUGGUCUGUCGCCAUCAUGUUCAUGAACACAUGCAACACACUGCGUAGCGUCAGGAUCAUACCUAAGUAUGCCAUGUACCAGCUGGUGCUGGUGCUCAGUCAGCUGCAGACGGCCAUUAUUAACGUCCUGGCCUUGGAUGGAACCAUUGCCUGCUCCCCGCCCUUCUCCUCUAGAGCCCGUGGCACCAUGUUGAGUCAGCAGCUAAUGAUUGUGGAGAUGUUCAUCAUCACCCUGGUCACCCGGGCGUUGUACCGCCGCACUUAUGACCCACUGCCCUCCGACCCCCACGAGACUGACAACGACCAGAACACCAAUAUCAGCCUGCAGGCACAAUACAGUGGGAGCAUGCUGCUGAGAGAUUGUGGUGGAGUGAAUAGAGAGAGAGAGUGUUUAUUCGAUUGA